AUGACUGAGGUUUUGGCUGGAUCGGUGUCCAAUUUUGUCGUCAAUCCGAUUAAAACAACAUUACUCCAAUGCGUACUUAGCAUUCCACUUCGAACUACCAUGUUUUGUAUCUUUACUUUACAUGUAACCAUGUUAAGUCUGGAACGAUUUUAUUCGGUCAUUUAUCCCUUUAAAUAUCGUCGCUUUGUGAACAAGAAAAAUGCCACUAUCGUGUUAUUUCUUACGUGGGCAGUUCCUUUAUUUUUUGUCGUUUUACUGAUUGAAUUUAUCUCCUAUCUUCAAUUUGGAUACUGUUUCCCAUGGAGUAAUAUGGGAAUAUUUGCUCUGGUUCUUGUCUAUAUUUUACCUCCAUUGACAUUUUUCUUACCUCCUCUGGUUACCUUUUUCGUUUAUCUUAAAAUAUUACGUCAAAUCGAUGCCUUAGAGCGUAAAAUUUGGUCCGUAUCAUGUCAAAAAGAAGAAACCUGUAGAUGGACAAGCUAUCGGCACAUGUUGCGCCAUCGAAAAGUCUUAUUUCAGAUGUUUACCAUCUUAGCAGUUUAUUCGUUAGCAUUUAUUCCUUGUAUCGUUGUUUACUUGGUUUAUUUUACACAUUAUGAUACUUCCCUUUUACUGCCAAUUUUAAUAACUUACUUAAUGGCGACGUCUUACCUUUUUAUUCAUCCUGUCUUGGCUAUAAUAUUUACUGCCGCAAUUAAAAGUGAAUUUAAGAAGAAAUUUGGUCGUCAUUACUGGCUAUCUGCAGGCCGUUCUUUUUGUCGAUGCCAUCGUUAUUGGGCGAAUUGCUAUGUUUUGGUCCUUAUUAUAUCGCUCUUCGAUCAUAUCGCUUGUCAAGAUGAGAAAAUGGCCAAUGGAGCAAAUUCACAUUUAAGGCUUGUUACUCUACAACAUAAUAAUCCAAAAGUAUACGAUCUCAUUCAAACACAGAAGUUAUCUAUUACGAACAGAACAUGGUUAUUUAUUUAUUGUUGGGGAGACAUUGCACUAUAA